AUGGGGCUUUUCGAAUCGCGUUUUAUGGGUUGCAGCAGAGGGGUGGCUGACGAUUCCCCGGUCGAAAUUCUCCAAAUUCGGCUGGAAAUUUAUAGCGAUGGAUCGAUUACAGCAAGUGGGAUCGGAUCGACGCCAGCUCCUCUGAUGACGACACCAACGCUGCCGUACUCAACAACAUCAGGUGAGGGUGAGAUGAUCCAGUGUGUGCGCGUCUUCUGCAAGCGUGAUCGUAAGGGCGUGUCCAGUGAGGCGGUGGUGCUAAACACCAGCCACCCCAUCUUCUCCUCCGCGCCCGUUUCGCCGGUGUCCAAGCUGAUCAAGCUGCCGUUGCGAGUGUUCCAGGAGGACCCGCUGCCCAACCCGCUCGGCCACCCUCUGCGCGGACUGUACGAGAACCAGGGCAUCACGUAUCUCAUGAUUCAGCCGGACUCUGGCUUUGCACCGCUGGAGUACCAGGAUGGUGUGGGAACAGCAGUGGUAGCCAGGGACGAUAGGAAGCCGCUGUAUGAGAAGCACCUGGAGGCCGUGUUGAUGUUUUUGUCUCACCUGCUCAACCUCUAUAGUGAAGGCGACUUUAUGGUUCCGCAGAGGAAGAUGACUCGCUUUGGGUUUGGGGACUUCUUCCAGUCGUACAAGCGUAGCAGGGCCUUUCUUGAUCAAGCUUGGGAGCUGCUUGAUUCGCCAUUCGAAGACUAA